AUGGAUUCCACAUCGCUAAGCGAAAUAGGUGCCAUGCUUAGGGCCACACUGACAACGGUUGAAGACCGGAGCGAGCAUCGUCAUGUCGUGAAGGGCCACUUGGCCAAAGCACUAAAAAGCGAAGGUGACAAGGGUCCGUAUCUGCAUCGCCACAACUUUAAUGCCUUCGCCCCCGUAGAGUCGCAUCAAGACGAAGGAUUGUGCAUCGGUAAUAGCAAGCCCGAUGCAGCUAUCCUGCAAGCAUGCUACGGCAUGAACCUUCCUGAGUCGGUGUUGAAGCCGAGGGCCCGUUAUCGUUAUCGCGGCUCUGGCCUGAAUUACUGUUAUUAUUAA